AUGAAGGCGACCCGUAGUCUCUCGAAAUACUGGCAGAAAACGGUGUCUGGGACCCAAAAAUACACCAUAGCGCCUGAUUUUCACCAGAAAAUGGUUGCACUUAAGCAGGGUGUUGUCUCCUCUAAGUCUGACCCAGAAAUGCCUUCCAGGGCCGCCCUCCGUCAACACAAGUACUACUUUAGUCUCCCUCCAUUUUGUCUUCCUGACCAAUUGGAUCAAGCAGCUACUGACUACCUCCGUGAACACAGCCUCUAUUCUGUGAAGCAUCUCAGUCAACUAUCAACUCGCUUAGUCAACUAUCUCCACGAAAGAGAACUUCUCUCUGAAAGAGAUAUUGUUGAAAGGAUUAAACGAAAAAAGGGUACCCAAACUCCUGAUGACUUGCCUGAGACCGAGGACGUUGAUCCGGGUAUCGAGUCGGUUCUCCAGUACCACCUCGACGCGCCCUUUGUUGGGGCUGACCGAGCGGUGCGGGAAGAGCAACAGGCUGAUCUUUCAGCUUGGAAGUAUACAGAGGAAAAUAGUCAACUUUACCUGGUUGGAAGAUUAGCACCAAACUUUGCCGUGGCCUGCCGUGUGUUGUAUGAACUUCGCAAACGAUGUCCGCUUUUCGUUCCCCAUUCGUUUUUCGACUUUGCUUCAGGGCUGGGCACAUACACCUGGGUGGUCAAUACCGUCUGGCCAGCUGGGUGUAUUCGUGGGCACUAUCUCGUAGAGGCCUCUAGGCCCAUGACCUCACUGGCCGAAUUCCUUUUGUCUGUACGCGGCCAAGGAAUCGCUCCGGGCACCACCGUCUUUCCGGGUGUACAUCAUCGUAGGUUUAUGCCAUCUACUGAGGUGACUGCAGAUUUGGUGAUGUCUGGCUAUGCCCUGUUGGAGAUGGCUGGCGAAAGGGAUCGGCGGCGUGUUGUGGAGAAUUUGUGGGCUCGCACUACCGGAUUUCUUGUUCUCAUAGAAGAGGGAACGAAAGCUGGACAUUCUGCACUGCUUGAGGCACGGGAUUGGUUGGUACGUUUUCUUGGGUUUGACUUGCCACCUGAGUACGUAGAAGGCGCUCAUCUAUCUGUCUGUCCGACAGCCAAUACGCGUGACGAGUUAGGUGGUGGUUCCGAAUUAUGGAACCUUUCUGACGAGCAUGCGACUGCUGCGAUCAUUCAAGUAAUACCCAGCUUUUUCCAACAUACCUGCACUGAUAAUUACUCGUCCUAUCAUCCUCGUUUGCAGUGUCCCCACAGUCAGACGUGCGGGAAAUCGGGUAUCGGAUGCAGCUCAAGCGUCCGAUAUUAUAACUUCGGUCUUACCAAGGACCCUGCCUAUCCCUCGAGUGAGCGCUUCAGCUACCUUGUCGUUAGCCGUGGUGACUGGCGACGUUACUCAAAAGAGCCCGAAGGAAGGGAUCUUCACCCCCGAAUAGUUUCUUCAAGUCCUGUCGGCAAGGGUUCGGCUUUUGAUGUCGACCUCUGUCUUCCUAACGGCGAAUGCGAACGAGUUGCCUUCUCAAAAUCCGGCACCCAUCGGUAA